CUGGAAGCAACGCGCGGCUAGGGACCUCCGGCUAGAACGAGACGUGGCCACGCGAGACGUCCUCUCGCGAGACACCGAGGCUCCAAAAACAACAACAACAACAACGACGACGACGUCAGGAGGAAAAAGAACGAGAACGAGAACCGCAAGGCGUGCGGGACUCGAAGCUCCUUAGGCCAGUGCGACUUUUCCGCCGGAAAGACGUAUAACAAGUGAUACAAUUGUGACGUUUGUGAUUUCUUCCGCGCUCCGAGAGGCACGUGGAAAAAGUGUCGCGACGAUUGGACAGAUGCAGAUCAGAGUGAACAGGGCACCGUAGUGCGUUCGAGCUCAAGGUGCUCAGAGCUCGUUGGGUGCAGAGACAUAUCCUAUUCGACGAAUGUGCAGUGAGCGCGACUCCUCCGUUUUCGGUAGCCAGUAGUCGAGGUCGAGGCCAGUAGUCGAGGCGAGAAGCUGAGCGGCGGCGAAUUGUUGCCCCAGGAGAUAACGCACGGCAUCACCACGCGGUCCGACGAGUGGUCCGGACUCCUGCCCAGCUCCACCAUCGUGGGUGCUGGCGGGUCACCAUGGCUCGGUCUUGGCGUUGGCGGCGGUGCGGGAGCCACGACUGGCGGCGGAAGUCCCGUCGAACUCGAGGGUCACUGGGGGCGGAAAUUAUACGGGGCGAGCGUCGCCCCGCCGCCACCGCCGCCCCGUCAUCACCCCAGGGCACCGAUAGCCUUUCCUCUUCAGGACAUGAGGCAGACCCUUAAGGAGGAACCGGUGCCCAGGGCUUGGUCGCAGCCUUCCAUCGCCGACAAUGGAACAGUCGGUGUCGGCAGAGCCCACUUCGAACACCAGCCACCAAGCAACCUCAGAAAGAGUAAUUUUUUUCAUUUUGUUAUCGCGCUCUACGACCGGGCGGGACAGCCAAUCGAAAUUGAGAGGACGGCCUUCAUCGGAUUCGUCGAGAAGGAUCAGGAAACCGAGGGACAGAAGACGAAUAAUGGGAUCCAGUACCGGCUUCAGCUGCUCUACGCAAAUGGCGUGAGGCAAGAACAGGACAUCUUCGUCAGGCUGAUCGACUCCGUCACCAAGCAGGCCAUCAUGUACGAGGGGCAGGACAAGAACCCGGAGAUGUGCAGGGUGCUGCUGACCCACGAAGUGAUGUGCAGUCGGUGCUGCGACAAGAAGAGCUGCGGAAACCGAAACGAAACACCGAGCGAUCCGGUGAUAAUCGAUCGGUUUUUCCUCAAGUUCUUUCUAAAGUGCAACCAGAACUGCCUCAAGAACGCCGGGAACCCGAGAGACAUGAGGCGAUUUCAGGUGAUCAUCUCGACCCAAAUCGGAGUCGAAGGGCCUCUCCUAGCUGUUUCGGACAAUAUGUUUGUCCACAACAACAGUAAACACGGCCGGAGGGCGAAACGCCUCAACCCGGGCGAGACCGGCGAGUACAACAAAUUGAUGUACUGUGCCCUUGACGGAGUGAUGCAUUACAAAGGCCUCUAUCAACCCGUGUCCGUUGCUAGCCCAUGCAUCAAGGCGAUAUCGCCCAGCGAAGGAUGGACGUCCGGCGGUUCCACCGUCAUCAUCGUCGGUGACAACUUCUUCGACGGACUGCAGGUCGUCUUCGGGACCAUGCUCGUCUGGAGUGAGCUGAUCACACCGCACGCCAUCAGGGUCCAGACGCCACCACGGCACAUACCGGGAGUCGUCGAAGUGACGCUAUCCUAUAAGAACAAACAACUUUGCAAAGGAGCACCGGGCCGGUUUGUCUACGUUUCACUGAACGAACCAACGAUCGACUACGGGUUCCAGAGGUUGCAGAAACUCAUCCCCAGGCAUCCCGGUGACCCGGAAAAGCUUCCGAAGGAAAUAAUACUGAAGAGGGCGGCUGACCUGGCAGAAGCUUUGUACAGCAUGCCGAGGGGUGGGAACGCGGGCAUCACCGGGGCGCCCAGAAGCCCGGGUUCCGGUCAUCCUCCGCCACCGCCAACGUCCACCUCCGCCACAGCCUUCAACUCUUAUACAGGCCAGCUAGCCGUCACCGUGCAAGAAAACGGUAGCGCUAAAUGGACCGACGACGGUGGCUCGGUGACGACGGGAGCCGGGGGAGGUGGCGGCGGCAGCGUCGGGGGCAGUGCGGACGCCUACCGGCAGAGCAGCAGCGUCAGCCCCCGCGGGGGUGGCACUGGCGGUGGCUACUGUGGGAGCAGCGCGAGCACCCCACACAGUCACAGUACCGCCGGAAGCUACUCAGCCGCUACCAACCCCUACACGGUUCCCCUACCCGGAAGUCCGACCCUCUACAACUCCCCGCACGAACAGUACGGCAUUUUCUAUUCGUCCGGCGACGCCAGCGCUUUCGCCCCGGUCCUGAGACCCCCGACUUCCUCGGUCCCGUCGCACUGGCCCACCCAGCAUCACCUCGCUACCGCAGCACAGUAACCGAUAUACUAAUUCAACAACGGUUAGGAGGAGUCGUGGGUUCGCCGUUCAACAUGAACCCGUUCAUGCUGCCAACCUGCAGCCAGGGCUACUCAGCCGCUGGUAGUCCUCUGCUGUCAACUUCCGGCAAAUAGUGUUACGAAAUCUAAGCUUCCUCUAGGAGUGGCGACUUCCGGGUGGAUCGCUGACCUAGGCGAAGCUUAGAUGGUGAACGAGCGAUGAAGAGAGAAGAUGAAGUACCCAGAGCAGACCAUCGCGAUGAAUGUGUACACAUUAAUGAAAAAUUCGGCAUACGCAUAUUAUGUAUGAAUUUAUGGGUACAUGUAUUUAUGUAUAAUAGUGACCAGUAAGAUGAUAAAUUUAUGCUAGUGAUAGCUAGGAAAGUUUCUUUUGUUUCUGUGUUCUUGUUUUCAUUUGUUUUACGAAAUUUUUAAAUCGACGUUAUUUCGAAGAAUACCAGUGCAAAUUUAUUAGAAGUAUAAGAAGCAACACACGUAUAAUGAUAAAGCGUUAUAUAUAGUAGCGAGUAAGAAAUAAGGAAUAUACAUAUCGCAGCUACUGAGGAGUUAGUAUUUACCAAUAGUUUAUUGUAUCGACAAAUAUGUAUGCAGAUAUGUAUGUACAUAGGUUUACAGAAAGAUAUAUUCACAUAUGUCAAUGUAUGUAUAUGAUGCAUCAUAAUUUUAUUACACGCAAUUAUUACAGUACCGUUUCUCUGCUGGUUUCUUCUUUCUCUGGGAGUCGUGAUUUUGUUUUUUUUCCAAUUCGUCCACUCCGCAUAAUAUUUGAUAGGUUGUAUUCGUAAAAGGGAAAGGUUUUUCUGAAUGACGCAUACGUACGAUAAGCAUAGCUACGCAAUUUGUACGGAAUGGAUAUUUCUAACCGAAUUCUAAAAUGACUGAAACAGCUGUGAACCGCUGUGUAGUCGGAGACAUAUCGCUUUUGAAACACGGUAAUUUUCAAUCUAAGAGAAAAAAUACCAAAUGAAUAUGUGACAUAAUGAAAGAGAGACUGGUGAA